AUGAUGGCCACCCAGAGGGUGCGUAUCGAGUUCCACUGCGGCUCGGGUCUCGUCUUCCACCACGACGUACCGGCCCGUAUCGUCGGCGCGAACGCCAUAGGGCCCGGUUUUCGUGAGGCCUACAUAUCCGCGAUGGCACCUAUUAUGAAAGAGCACCAAGACGAGUGCCUUGCAGCCUCACAGAAGAAGUGCGCCUGCUGCGAAACCGCCGAUUCCAAGCAGGCCUUAAUGACGCCUUGCUCCUACCUGCACAUUCCCAACGACCCGGUGGUGCACGUAUUCGUGAUGCCUGUCUGCGAGAAGCAGUCCUGUAACGACCAAGGGCAGGCAGACAUGAAUGCUAUGAUGGCGGAGGUGACAGGCAUGGCUGAGGGCCAAGUUACUCGAGGUGGGCCCGUGGAAUCUGGCGAUUCGUCGAGAGUAUCUACACGGAUAUCGAGGAAUGCAGCCUGUCCCUGCGGCUCGAGUCGCAAGUACAAGAAAUGCUGCGGUGCUGCCUGA